GUGCCCCCUUCUACUGUUUCCCCUCUUCAACGCACAGUCUCACAUUUCAAGAGCUAGGGUUUCUCAAUUUUUCUGUCUCUGCCACUUCUAGGUGAGCUCCGAUUUCUCUGCUACUCUUCAAUGUAUUUUCUAGUUUGGGUGACAAUUUGAUGUUCAACUGAUUAUACCUCACACUUAUACUUGAGGUUUGAAAGUAAGAAAUACGAUUAUUCCCAUCUGCGGUCUCAGAUGGAUGAGGGUGGGCAUCGUGAAAAUGGAAGACACAAAGCAGACCCAUAUAAAGCAGUUCACAGUCAGUGGUUGAUGCAACAUCAGCCAACAAUGAAACAGAUAAUGGCUAUCAUGGCUGAAAGGGAUACUGCUGUUCAAGAAAGAAAUUUGGCUCUUUCUGAGAAAAAGGCAGCUGUAGCUGAGCGUGAUAUGGCUUUCCUGCAGCGAGAUACAGCAAUUGCAGAGCGGAACAAUGCCAUUAUGGAACGAGACAAUGCCAUUGCAACUCUUCAAUAUCGGGAGAACUCAUUGAAUGGUGGCAACAUGUCCCCAUGCCCACCAGGAUGCCAAAUCUCGCGUGGGGUGAAGCAUAUGCACCAUCCUCAGCCACACUUACAUCAUCCAACCCAUCUGAGUGAAGCUGCAUACAGCACAAGGGAAAUGCAUAUUGGUGAUGCCCUCCCUGUUUCACCUGUUGCUUCUGAGGCUGCAAAAUCUCGACGGGCUAAACGACCGAAGGAGGCCAAGCCAAUGUCAUCUAAUAAGAAGGCUUCAAAACCUUUGAAGAAGCCUAAGAGAGAAGGUGAGGACUUGAACAAGAUUGUGUUUGGCAAGUCACGUGAGUGGAAGGGUGGGCAGGAUAUGAGCAGCGGAGGUGAUGACCUUAACAAACAGCUAGUUGUCUCAAAAUCUGAUUGGAAGGGUCAGGACUUAGGGCUAAACCAGGUUACAUUUGAUGAGUCAACCAUGCCAGCACCUGUUUGUUCGUGCACUGGAGUCCUAAGGCAGUGCUACAAAUGGGGGAAUGGGGGUUGGCAGUCUUCAUGUUGCACAACCACCUUGUCAAUGUAUCCCCUACCAGCAGUUCCCAACAAGCGUCAUGCUCGAGUUGGUGGGCGGAAGAUGAGUGGAAGUGCCUUCAACAAGCUGCUUAGCAGGCUUGCCGCGGAAGGUCAUGAUCUGUCAAUUCCGGUUGAUCUCAAGGACCAUUGGGCCAAGCAUGGAACAAACCGCUAUAUCACCAUCAAGUAGACCGACUGCAAAGGAUCUUGAGUCAGAUGGAAGAAAACAGCCCAUGCUGGGUCAGGUAUUCAUCCUCAAUUCCUCCUUUAGUUGCGCCAUGAAAAGGUUAGAUGGUGAGGCAGUAUAUUGGUAGUUCUUCAUAGUUCCAGCCAUUUUAGCUUUUCUUGCAAUCCUAUGGACUCUUUUUUAUUGGCUGUCUUUUCUUCUUUCCAUCUUUUUGUGUCUCUAUUCAAGUGAUGAUGAUUGAAAAAAGAUAGAAGGGAGAUCUGCCUCUCAUUCUCUUAGUUUACAGAAUUAAAUGUAGUGAACUUGAAACGUCCUUUAUCUUGUGACUGAAGAUAAUUGUAAAGCAAGGAUUGCAUUUCAUAGAGCUUUUUCUGUUCGUUUUGUACUAAUGGAUAGAAUUUAUCAUAUAGCUGGUUAUCUA